AUGGAAGCUAAGAUUGGGAAAUUCUUCGAAUCAGUUGGUGAUUUUUUCACCGGUGGUGAUCAGAUCCCUUGGUGCGAGUCUGACAUCAUCGCUGGUUGUGAACGCGAGGUUGCUGAUGCUGAGAAAGGUUCCUCGGAUGAACUUAAAAGUGAAUCCAUCAUGCGAUUGUCCUGGGCCCUCGUUCACUCAGAAAGGGCAGAGGACGUCCAACGUGGGAUAGCGAUGCUUGAAGCUUCCUUGGCUGGCAGUGGCAGCAGCCCACUGCAAGUGAGGGAAAAGCUCUAUUUACUUGCUGUUGGAUACUACAGAAGUGGAGACUAUUCAAGAAGCAGGCAGCUUGUCGAGCGUUGUUUGGAGGUAGCACCUGACUGGAGGCAAGCCUUGAGCCUAAAGAAAGCGAUUGAAGAUAAAAUCAAAAAGGAUGGAGCAAUUGGCAUUGGCAUUGCUGCGACCGCAGUUGGGGUUUUGGCUGGUGGCAUUGCAGCAGCGGUGGCAGCAGCUCGCAAGAAAUAA